AUGCCGCCAAUCAGAUCCUGCCUGGACAACCGUAUCAUGAUCGUCGGAGGCACCCGGAUGUUUAACUAUGAGUUUGUACCCAAGACCCCCGGUGAAGGAGUUUUCAACCUCCCGUUUCUCUCUCAGACCCGAACCAGCGCCCAAGUGGAAAAUAACCUUUAUCCGUUUCUCCACCUCUCUUCCGAUGGCAACCUCUUUAUCUUUGCCAACAGGGACUCCAUUCUUCUCAACUACAAAACCAAUGCUGUCGUCAAGACAUUUCCCAGAAUGCCAGGUGACGGCCCGCGGAACUACCCGUCAACCGGGUCGUCCGUCAUGCUGCCGCUCUCUGCGGUGGACGGGUUUGCCAAAGUGGAAGUUCUCAUCUGUGGGGGCUGUCCGGACAACGUUUUCGCACUGGCUAGCGCUGGUAAUUUCACGGACGCACUCCGCAGCUGUGGACGAAUGGUAAUUACGGACCCAAAUCCUUCGUGGAGUAUGGAAGACAUGCCCGAACGGAGAACCAUGUCGGACAUACUUAUUCUCCCCAAUGGUGAAAUCAUCAUCAUCAAUGGAGCGGCAAAGGGUGUUGCAGGGUGGGACAUGGCGACUGCCCCUGUCUUGACGCCUCACCUUUACCGACCCAGUGCACCCACCGGGCAGCGCUUUUUCACCCUGGCGGCCACGGGAAUCCCAAGAAUGUAUCAUUCUUCUGCUAGCAUGUUGGCCGACGGGAGAGUCUUUGUGGGCGGGUCCAAUCCCCAUGCGGGCUACGUCUUCUCGGGAACUACUUUUCCGACGGAGCUCCGGCUCGAGGCGUACAGUCCUUAUUACUUGGAGAAUGUCUACACUAGCCAAUUCCGCCCUAAUAUAAAGUCUGUGUCGUCCAACUCGAUCUCCUAUGCGGCCACCUUCAUGGUUGUUUACUCUUUUCCAAAUCCUCUUACUGGUGUUAUACAGUUCAAUGCCUACGCCCCAUCGUUUACCACGCACACUAAUUCGAUGAACCAGAGGCUGCUCAGUCUCGCAGCUAAAACAUCGACGAUUGUUUCGAAUGGGACUGGGAAUGUUGUUUAUUCUUCCACUGUAACUGCCCCGCCCAGCGCAGUGGCGGCGCCGCCGGGAUAUUACAUGCUGUUUGUGGUAAAUAAUGGCAUUCCUAGCGUCGCCCGGUGGGUUCAGUUUUCAUAA